CAGAGGUCUACCAUGGCACUAAGGGAUUGGUGGAUCCAGUAAAUCUGCUGACUAAAUCCCUCACGUUGUGAUUUAGACUGAGGGGUCAUGUUGUCACAGUGCAUUCCGUCGCGCACGUAUGUCUCCAGAAGCUACCUGGCACACGACAGCAGCGAGGCGUUUUGAGUUAAAUCAAAGUGUGAGUGUAUUUUUUAAGCGUUAUCUUAAUUAAGACACUCGGAAUCCACGUUUCGCUUCCUUCGGAUGAAAAAAAAAUAAUGAACGCAAUUAUGACAACAACGUAGGUAGCCGUGGAAGGGAUGUGAGAAGGAGUGAUGCCUCUAGUCAGGAGAACCAUUGAACCUCGGCACCUGUGUCAAGCGGCAGUGCCCGACAGGAUUGAUAGUGAACUGGAAUGUGUGAACAACAACACCUUGUCAGCCAUCAUCCGUCAGCUCAGUAGUCUAAGUAAACAUGCAGAAAAUGUAUUUGGUGAUCUCUUCAAUGAAGCCAACAUAUUUUAUGUGCGCGCAAACUCACUCCAAGACCGCAUUGACCGCUUGGCCAUCAAGGUCACCCAGCUGGACUCCAGUGUGGAAGAAGUCUCUCUUCAGGCCAUAAACCUGAGGAAGGCGUUCAAAAGCUCGACUAUUCAGGACCAGCAGGUGUUGUCUAAAGGUAGCACGCCGACCUCUUUGACAGAUAUGUACGACAGCAGCGACCAGCCACCUCCUCUUCGAGAUCUCACUGCGUUUCGAGAGGACGGCAGUGACGCCAUGAGGUUCUACUCUGACCCGUCCUACUUUUUUGACCUGUGGAAGGAGAAAAUGCUGCAGGACACGGAGGAGAAGAGGAAAGAAAGGAGGAGGCAGAGGGAGCAGAAGCGAUGCGUGGAAAACAGCACCCUCCAGCGCCAGGUGAAGAAGGUGAGGAAGGCUCGAAACCGCAGACAAGAAUGGAACAUGAUGGCUUUUGACAAAGAGCUCCGACCGGAUCACCGCCACCCUCAAACUCUGCGGCGAGGAGCGUCUUCCGAGGGCUCACUCUCCCCGGAGGGCAGGCCUGACCUUCCGGACUAUCCUACCCCGCCCGUGGCAGCCCACAGUGCUUCUAACUUUAUCAAGUCGCAUGGGAACGUGCAGCCUUCCCCCCCACCAGCAGAGCACGAAUACCACAGCAUUGACGUCAACUAUAAGAUAACAACGGUCGAAGCUCCGGCCGCAGAGAAGAUGAAUAGGUCAAUACGAACUUCUUCAGAUUACAACUGUGCCCACCUUCCACCUGCCCAAGGCCCACCCAUCCCGUCAGCCCAGACAGCCUUUGGUUUCACCCCCCCAGCAGCUCAUAAUGGAGACACAACACAUGUCGGUCCAAGUUACCCACUUCCACCGGUCCCUCCUCCAGGCCCUUGCGUGGCUCCUCCACCAGGUCCACCGCCGCCACCUCUCCCUCCCCCAUCUGUCCCAUCACACCUUUCGGGACUGAGUGGAAGCAUCAUAGCUGAAAUGAAACCAGUGAGAGAUGUGAGGAGCGAUCUGUUGUCUGCAAUCCGAAUGGGCAUCCAGCUGAAAAAAGUGCAAGAGCAGCAAGAGCUGCAGAGCAAGCGCGACCCAGUCGGGAAUGACGUGGCCACCAUCCUGUCGCGGCGCAUUGCAGUGGAGUACACUGACUCCGAUGAUGACUCGGAUCUGGACGACAACGAAUGGUCGGACUGACCAGAAUGUGAUUUCAUUUCACAUUCUGUGCGACCAAAGACUAUUAGGAGAGUAUUUAUUAAUGAUAAUAUGAUAUCAUGA